UACGUCAUUAACCCCCACCCCGCCUCGUGCCACAAUGACUGUUUGGCUUGUCAGCUGAACUGGGCGCGCUCCUCCUUGUCUAAGAUAUGAAAACUGUCAGUUAAGGUCAGUUGUUUUGGUCAAAGGUGUGUAGAGUAGAGAAGAACUGGGGCUGUUGAUGUCAGAGCAGCGUCACGACUCUGCGGCUCCCUGGCGGCUGGCGCCCUUUGUAACGUUACCGCUAAAGUGAAUGACUGUGUUGCUGGUUUCUUUACCCCAGCUACAGACUCCUAUGGCUCCAGGAACUUCCUGAUUCUGGAUCUGUCGAGCAGUAAUAGGAAAGGCCCAAGCAAAGAGAGAUGAGCUGGGCUGAGGAGGACUGGACGGUGGGGCUAUCUGGACGGGUCCUGCAAAAGGUUAAGGAGUUGCAGGUCCACCAGGAGCGACUGUCCAGAGAGAACAAGCAGAAACAGCUGCAACUGGACAACAUUCAUACAAGCCUCGAAAAACAGACUGUGAAGUAUGAGGAGGUCCGUGGCGAGCUCCAGUGUGUGCAAAGAGAGCUCCAGAGUGUUCGACAGGAGGCCAAGGCAGCAGUGACCAGCAGUGACCGCCUGACCCAGGAGCUCCAGAUCAAGCAGGCCCAAGUAUGUUCUUUGGAGGGCCAGCGAGAUGCUGCUCGCACCCUCAACAACAAACUCACCCAGGAAAUCAAAAGACUGGAGGCAGAGCUGGAGAAUCUGCAGAAUAGCAGCAGAUUGGCAGACACCACUCUGUUUUCUACACCCUGCUGGAAUACAACCUCACCCUGGGAACACAAUGGGAGCAGAAAGCAGGAGAGGUCAGAGCAUAGAGAUGAAAGACCAAGUCGGCCGCUUCACAUCCGACAGCAGCUCCAGUUCUCUGAAGGAAGCACAGCCUCGUUACCACGACACCAAAACAACAGCACACCCCACCGCCAUCCAUCCGACCAAUCAGACACCUUCUCUUCUACUCCCUUGUCUGCAUUUCCGUGGGAACGGGAUGACUCGAGGCCAGCAGCCAGGAGACCGUCCCCCUCUGCUCCCCAGACGCCCUGCACUGCUGUCAUCAGUAAAGGCCAGCAGGAACAGAGGGUUUAUGGGAAGGAGAAGGACCACAGGACAGAGACAGACACAUCUUUAUCAGAAGUGCUGAGUCGUGUAUCUGCUCUGGAAGAGGAGCUGGGUGCGAAGGCCGGGAUGUUGAAGUCUGUUCAGAACGAAAUGGUGCAAAGCAAAAAGGAGCUCACGGCCAGGGAGCUCAGCCUUCAGAAAGCCCGCGACGAACUCAGCCUGGCACACACAGGCAUGGCCCAGGAGAGAGAACGGGCAUCAGGAUCAGAGCAGAGGCUGAAGCAGCUACAAGAGGAGCUGAAGUGUCAGAGGCAAAAUGCAGAGAGCAGCCGACUGCAACACCAGCAACGCUCUAAGGAGCUGGAGAAACAACAUCAGAGGGAUUUGACGGAGCUUCAGAAGGAGAGGCAGUGUCUGGAGAAGCAGCAUCAGCAGGAAGUGAAUAAGCUCAACCAGGAGCUCCAGCAGGCAAGGACGCUCCACAAUGCCCUGCAGGCCCAAGCUGACAAGCUGUCUCUACAGAAGCAGGCGUUGGACAAAGAGUUGGACACUCUGAAAGAGAAACUAAAGUGGACGGAGGGGCAGCUGCAGGAGUGCCAGAAGAAAGAGGCACAGACACAAGCCAAACUGACGGAAGCCCUGCGUGAGGCAGAGGGUGUGGCAAUGAGUCUGGAGCAGAGCAGGAAAAGAGAGCGAGGUCUGGAGGAGGAGGGGAGGAGACUGGCAGAGGAGCGAGCCGACACCCUUCGUCUCCUCAAAGAACUGCAGGCGCAGCAAACUGUCCCAGCACCCCCUCAACAACCUGUCCAGUUUUGCCCUGUUGGACAGAGUUUCUCCCCUCAAACUUCUUACUCUCUUCAUUCUCGACCAUCAACUCACAUCAAGGGGCCCAGCACCGCCACCCUAGCCGAGCAAAAGAGGGAAGAGGAUGUGGAUAAGAGAAGGGCAGAGAUUGCAGCAUCUUACCCAUCUGACAGAGAGCCAGGAGAAGGCAUUGACUCGGAAGACAUCAGCAACCUUAUCUCCCCAGCCUCUGAGCGUUUACAAAGGGAACACAGAAGAAGAAGUAACGAUGAGAACAGAAAUGAGGCAAUAGAGAGUGACAGCUCUGGGACAAACGAGCACUCCACAUUUGAUCAAGUAGUCUCUACUUCCUCUCACUCUGCUGCUGGUAUGCCCACUAACACCUCUAUGGAUGGUUCCUCUGAAAAUACUCCUCUCAAGGCCUUUGAAGACCUCAAGAGGGAGAAUGCCACACUGCGUUCAGAGCUAUAUGAUGCACGAGAAGAACUGCAAAAACGUCUUGAGGACCUAGAAGCCCAACGACAGGCCGAGACAGAAGCCAGGACCCGGCUCAAACAACUCAGCCGCAAACGUGCUAGCCAAGCUGUGGAUAAGGACGAGAAAGAAAAGGAAUGGAGGGCACAGCUGGAGAGUGAGAGGACUGAGACAGAAAGGUUAAGGAAGGCCAUGUUGUCAUUGGAGACAGAGAUGAAAAGAGAAAGGGAGGAAAUAGAAAGGAAGGAGCGAGAGGAGGAGGAGGAGAAAAACAAAGCACUAGAAGACCGGGAGAGUAAAUUGAUAGAACUUAAUAUUCAGCUAAAGAAACAGCUGGUGGAGGUGAAAGCCAAGCUGGCUUUAGAACAAGAAGAGAGAAAGAGAGAGGAAGAGGAGAGAAACCAAAUAAACACAGACAUAGAUGUAAAGGAGGAGUUGAGCAAGAAACUGGAAGAACUCCAAGCUGAAUUGGAAGAACUGAAGUGCGGCAGAGAAGAAGACUCACUGGAAGAGGAUAAACUCUCAGUUGCCAACAGCCAGCUGACGUACCUGACACUCCAUGAUGAUGAUGAUCUUAACUCCAACAUUGUUCGCUGUGACAACAAGCUCCUCCCUUCGCCAGAAAUGAACCUCCUCUUCUGCCAGUCCACCAACCAACGGAACAUACUUGUAUCUCAGGCCACAGCAGAUCUCAUCCAGGAAGAGCGAACAGUGAUAGAUCCAGAAUGCUCAGUUCUGGAAGAUGACAGACAAAACUAUCUGAAAGGGUCUUCCGUGUCAGACCACAAAAGGUCACUUUCUGACCUCCAGAAGGUUGAGCCAGCCUUCUCAGAUUUGACAAAAGAGGUAGAACGCCUGACGAAGGAGAAUACAAAAGAGAGAGAACGUGCUAACCAGUACCAGGUUAAACUGGAGGCCCUGCAAAGCCAGGUGACAUGUCAGACAAAGCAGCUUACCACAGCUUUUGAGAAGCAGAGUCAGUACAUCUCUGGUCUUUUAGUUGAGCUGCAAGAGAAGGAGAGUACCCGCCUAAUCCAGGGAGAGGAACUGCAGCACUACAAGCAGGAGCUGGAUGCACUCAAGGCUGAAAAAGAGGGAGCGGAGAAGAAAAGAAGAGAUGAGAUGACGGUCAAAGUGGUGGAGGAUGGAGAACAAAAAAAAGAGACAAAAGAUGAGAGGUUGGUGGAGAUCUCAAGGCUUCAGGCAAACCAGGAAAAGAAAAGUGCUGUCAACCUCCUUACUUCAAACUCUCCGGCUGACGGUUACUCUGAUGCACAGAAAGAUACAGGUCAACUAGAAAUUGUGACACCUGAUCAAAGACUAACACCUUAUAGUGACAAAUCAGACAGUGAAGCCCUAUGGUCAGGGGAACAGCAUCCAAGCGCUCAGCCCAAGACUCAGAGUAACCAUGACUCUGCAUGUGUGAUGGGUGAGACAGAGUGCAGUCAAGAAACAGCAAACGUGGUUGCAGAACUACUCGUUCUCCAACGGGAGAAUCAGCUGCUGAAACAAAGAAUAGAGGGCUUGACUGUCUCAGACACCAGGACCCCAUUAUUACACACUGACAGUGAAGACCAAGAAGACCCAGCCACGCAAAGCCAAAACACAGGAAAUGCUGCUCUGGCCUGCUUGGUGGAGCAGAGGUCACUCAGUGUGCCGAAUGACAUCACCACUGACGCACGGCAGUUACUGGUGCAGGAUGUGAAGAGGAGGGAAGAUGGGAGGAUUACAAAGGCUGAAGAGUUGGAGGCAGCAUCUGAGCUUCAGACCAACCGCCUACAGCAACAGGUGGAGGAGCUGCAGAUGAGGCUACGGACUCUCUCUGCGGAGACCCAGCAGCAGGCCGGAGAGCUUCUAAUGUGGAAACUUGCCUCCCAACCAGCGCCAACAUUUGACCAGUUCCUUUCUAACACAGACAAACCAAGUAAGACCCUGGACCAGAUAUCUGCUGUCAGACAGUCACAGUCAAACCAACAGGCUGGCCAGGUUCAGGUUCAGGAUCCUUACCUGGGUGUUCAGGAGAGCCCUGGUAAUGUGACAGUCGUCAGAGAAGAUGAGUUAUUCUUCUCAUGCACCUCCAACAAACUGCAGGGUUGCAUGUUGUUUUCCAGGCUUCAGCACAGUAACCUCUUUGAACCAAAGAACGCCCAUCCCUCUAAAAAGACUGCAGCUCUUCAGGAAUAUGAUCAGGAAUCUGCCAUGGUUGACAAGGAAUCUGAAAAAGAAAACCUGGAGAUCAACCUAUUGCAUCAGUCAAAUACCUGUCAAUCACAACACAAAGAGGAGAGAGACACUGAAGUUAUUCAAAUGAUAUCUGAGAAAAUGGGUCAACCAAAUGCCACCCAAGAUUCCCACAAAGUCUCAGGACCAAAGCGGGCCAAAUCAGCUGAGUGUUACACAGGGAAUCCUGAGGCCAAAUCAGAUGCUUCCAGAGCAACCAAUGAAAUAAACAAUGAAAUAAACAAAACAAUUGAUUCUUCAGACAGAUAUGUCAGGGAAGAAAUGAAAAGUGUCAGCAGUCAAACCGAGGAGAGUUUAUAUCCUCGCAGUGCUCCAACAGCCUCUGAACUCCACUGUGCAUACACACAGACUGAGGAGGAGGAGGAGAAAGACGAAGAAGAGUUAGUGAAAUCACCCCCUGUCUCUCAUGUCUCUCCUGUCCCAUUAUGUGAGGGGGCAGAGUUAGGAGACAAAAUGUUGUUUUCGGGUUCCUUCCCUAUCCCAGCUGACCCGGCCCGUCUGGCUGAAAGAAUCCGCCGUAACAGGACACAGCUGUCAGCCGCUUUUGACGACACAGAGUAUGAACCCUAUGGGCUGCCGGAAGUCGUCAUGAAAGGUUUUGCCGACAUCCCCAGUGGUCCCUCCUGCCCCUACAUUGUGAGAAGAGGUCUGUUAGGCACAUCUGUCGUACCUGUUCCUCCAAAAGACCCGAGACAGGAGGAAGAGACAGAUUAAAACAUAGAUACAGAUCUGGUGAAAAGAAGGGAUCACUGUGGCUUGACCAUGAACCUCAGUGAUGGACAACAGCAGCCAUGCAGGGACACUCCAGUCCCCAGCAACCUGAAGCACUUGAGACCUUCAAACCAACACAGGACCAGUUUAAAAAGGGCUGCCAUCACACAUGGACGUUUGUGUAUGUGCAGGUAACUGGGUCUGCAUUGGCAGAAUAAACACUUCCAUUGUGUGGUCACUUGUUUAUGCUCUAAUUGCUGCACGGAGACUUUGCUGGUUUUUUGACAUCACAAAGCUGUCACUUUUCACCUACUUUAUAUUUAGGUACAGUGGUAGUGAUUUAGUGUUGCUUGUUGAUGUUUAUUUGAAGUUUACAACCACUUUUCCAAAGGGAUUGUUUAGUUUUUUAGUGUGUCUGCAUUAACUUAUGGGUCUAGCUGCAGCCUACUUUGAAUAAAACAGUGCCUAGUGGAUGCUUUUCUAAACAAGUGCCUGUCAAGAUAAGUGUGACUUGUUUUCCCAAAGGGUGAAACCAAGAGAGGCCUGUUGUGAAAAUGUGAUAUGUUUUUUUCUUUUCAAUCCUUGAGGUGGCUGCUUGAUGGCCACUUGUAAGUGUGUUAUUUGUAGGCCGGUGUUUACAAAAAUUAUGUGAAAGUGUAGUGAGCAUGUGUGUGACGUUAGCUGUGAAUAUGGACAUGUGUGUCCUCAUCUUGACGUUACUGUUUGUGCAUAUGUGAGUGUGUGGGAGAGAGAGAGAGAGGGGCGAGCACAUGUCUAUGACUCAGUCCAACCUGCUUUGGUUUCCGCUCCAUGUAUGGUGAUACACACUGCGCUCCCUCUCUCAUCCUCCUGCUGCUUUGCUUCUCUGCCUUACACUAACGAGCACUCAGUGGUUGAAUUUACCAAAAACUAAUCAUUUGAAGCUUUAUUUUAUGAGCAGAGGGUACAGAUAAAUUCAUUUGGUGUUUUUGAUCAGAUAUUAUUUAUUUGAGUGAUGUGCUUGUUUUUGGUAGAUUUUGGUUUUGCACAUUUGUUACUGUGCCAUACACAACAGUAGCCCACAUGUAUGUACACUGUAGAUUUUGUGGAUGCAUUUUAAGUUGAAAUGCAAUUUUGUAUUAUGCCUUCUAACCGAGGAUAUCACCACUUUUCUUGCUUACAAGGUUUGACCAGUAAGUUAAAGGAUAGGUUCACAUUUUUUCAAGUCUAUCUUAAAAUGACUCAUUAUGAUUUUUUUGAUUAUGCCUGUCUUUUAUUGUAUUUUUUUUAUAUAUAUUUUAUUUUUUUUAUUUUUUUGUGUGUAUGUAAUAAAUACAAAAAAACACAUUUCACUCCAAAUGGAGCUUUCUCUCCCACAGGCACUUUUUCUCAACUGCCUAAAAACGGCUCGCCCACAUUCCUGUUUUAAAUUCAUCAAUUAGUUAUUUGAGAAAGCCCAGUUUUACAUUUCUGCUGCCUAUUGGUGCUGCCUGAGCAUGCACAUCCCACCCAAUGGCUUGUUUGAAUUUGGUUGACCAAUCACAACAGAGUGGGCCACCUGACCAAUCAAAACAGACUAGGCUAUUUCAGAAAAAGGGCCGAGAGCUCAGACAGUGUUUCACGUGGAGACACUGUUGCAAUAGGCAGUAGAAGCAUAAUGUGUUUUUUUUUUAUAUCAAAGCAUGUAAACCAAUUUUGGUAGACCCCAAGAGCACAAAUAUGAUGCUGAAAAGGAGUGUAAUACGGGCUCUUUAAUUCUAUACUCACAUGCCCACAUACAACAUGACAUACAUGCAACACAGCUAAUAAAAAUUGGUGUUUACUUGCCGAGUCCUGUUGGAGGAAUAGUAACAAAAAUCGGGAAGUUCAUAUUAAAAGACUAACUACCUGCUUGAUUUUGUCUAACUGUGGCCUUUUUAUUAGCUUCAGAAAUAAGACUGCUGAUUAAUUACACUGAAUUUGCUUUAAGAAAGGUUCUCUUUGUGCCGAGUAUGGACAGAGGGAACUAUUAGACCAUUAAUUAUACGUAUCGGCAUGUGAGCAUGUUUAAAGACAGACUUUAAAAAAAGGUGAAUCUGUCUUUUUUAUUUUUUUUUUUUUUUGAAACCUUGCUGAGCUGUCUUUCAAUGCCGGACAUAUUUUUGUUAAGUGUGGAGUGUUUUUUUCAUGUUUAUAUUUUAUUUAAAGGUAGAGUAGUUCUUUCCCAGUCUUGACUCAGUCAGAACCAGUGUACUCGAUGCCAUCACAAUUCAUUUGCCAUGCUGACACCCCCCCGCCCAACAUAUAAACAAACACACAUUCCCCACACUGUCAGCUGCCUUCAUAUCUCUGGGAUCUGUAGUCAUUUGGCAGUGAGGUAGGAUUGUCAGACUCACUGUGUAUUUGUUGACUUUGUUUUGAACUCUUUCAUGUGAAUGUAUCUGUGUUGUUUGCAGCUGGAAUAAAAGGCUUGCUCUUAAUUUAACUGUU